AUGUCGCGUGGAUUGGCUCAGCUCAGCUCGCUACCCGUGGCAAGCUCUCCCGUUGACCCUGCUUUGUUUGUUCGCGAGAGUGAAGCCUCGGACAACGCGGAGCUAACCUCGAGCCGCAAUCAUCAAAACGCUGACGACCAAGAGAUCAUUAAGAUUGAGAAUGCACAACUGAAGGUGACGCUGGAGAAACUUCUCUUUGCCAAGCAGCAGUCGGACAAUGAGACUGAAGCUCGGAUUGCCAAGCUGGAGACGGACAACCAGCAGCUGCACACUAUGUGGAAGGACGAGGUGACCAAGCGACUCGACCUUGAGAAAAAGCUGCAGACUCUGGACAAAGCUCGGAUGAAACAACUCCAAAAGAGCAGGAAGCUACGUAAGAUUUGUCUCGGGCAGGUCGCCAUGUUACUCGACAUUCGCCAGAAGGUGUGCCAGCAAAAUAGAGAGGCGUGCCUCGCGCUGUGGAGCAGGAAAAGAAAGACCGAGACGAGAUCGUGCCCUGUCAUUACAGGACUGAGCUGGCUUUAUGUUCAAGACCGAUAUGACACCGUGUUUCAGAUGCUGCCCUCUCAUUACGGGGCUGAGACUGGAACUCGUGGUUCAUGAUACGGUCGUACCGCACAAGUGUGAACGCUUUCAGCGCUUCACGUUCAUUCAACACAAAUGGAUUGAGCCACCGCGUUGAAUGUCUUCAAACCUCAUAGUUGUUCUCCAUAUUUACGUGUAGAACAAAUUUAUACAAUAACAUCAAUAACUAGCACAAGUUCCUAAG